AUGGAAGAGAAUUGGCGAUUAACAGCUGAUGUAAGUGUAAUGUAAUCUAAUUUUGAUGUAUUUAAACAUGGAAGACUCAUAUUUUUUAGAUUUGGCGUAAUAUAACGGAUGAAUGUGCGGAUCUCAAUGUAAUUUCGAGUCUUUCCAUGAGUAAUUCCUUCUUUUAUUACAUUAUGAAACCAAGUUUGGAUUACAAAAAGCUCUGUUUGGAUAAUCAGCUGUGCAGAUUGCCGGGGGAGAGCUGGUUUCAGGCUUGCAAUCAGUAAGUUCUCUCUCUUUAUUUCAAUUUCGGUGAUGGCAAUUUUCAAGAGUUUAAACAAAUCUUUCACUUAAAAAUUGGCAAGGUUAUGACAAUCAUCGCUCUUGCAGAAAUUACUCAGUUAUUCAUUAUCCCCUAAAAAAUUCAUGAUUUAAUUUCAGACUGCACCAUCUCUACCACAUCAACGCCUGCGGGCGUUUUAUUUACUGCAAGGACAGUGAUCGGUUUGGUCUUGUUUUCGAGACCUUUAUUCUCAUCACGGGCUUUGAUUUGUCCGAGAAAUACCUCAAAUAUAUCCCUAUUACCUCUCGAAUUCUUAUGGUCAAUCUGAUAAAUCGAGGGAAAACUUUGGUUCUACAGGUAAAAUAUUAUACGAGCUUCAAUAAGCAAAUAAUUUUUACAGCAUAUGGAUUCACUAACAAUAAAAUUUAUUGACAUUGAUUCGAAUACCGUAAUCCACACGGUAACCUCCUUUGAUGGGCAUAUUUGGAGAGGCCACUUUCGUCACAAUGAUACCAUCCACAGCCCUUAUUUUCCAUACGAAUGGACUGCAAAUGUUGGACUUCCAGACAACCCAAUCUGUCUUCCGGAAAGCUUUCGGAACGCCCGAAAUACGGAGUUUACGUUUUUACAUGGAGAAAAUAACAUAUUGUACCUGAUGGAUGUAAGGGAGAAGAAAAAAUGGAUGAUCCCUUACAAUGCUUUCCAUAUUAUUGAUUUUCUCCCGAAGAUCAGAUGUGUUUUUGUCAAAACAAGUAAGUUUUGUGACACUAUCCUUAUUUUUCAUAUUGUACUUUAUACGAAGGUAAUUCUUGUUUAGAUUUUAUUCGAAUAUACAAUAUAGAUACAGAUGAUGUAGUAUUCGAAGAGAAAUCGAGCAACGGAAAAGUUGGAUGGGAGAUAAUAAACGAUUAUAUUAUCCAUGACAUUUUUACGGGAAGAGUAAGUAAAAACGGUCGUAACUGGCAAAACAAAGUUCCGAUUACAUUGAGAUUUUGCAGACAUACAAUAUCUAGGCUUGGUAUAGACUGGCUAAAAUUGUAGGUUACGGCUUGCAAGGAGAGCUAAAAUUUUCAACUAAUUUUUUUGUUGGGGCAAUGGGAAAAGAUGACAUAAGCCCCCAAAAAAUCCGCCAUUGCUCGUAUAAAUCUCGGAAUAAAUUUUAGGUAGCGUAUUACGAUGAAAGAAUAUCUCAAUUCCUGGUACAUCCAGAGACUCUGGGAGAUAUUAUUUAUGGCAUCAAAGGCCCAGUUGAUAUCUACAAAAAGUCGUCGGAUUAUCAGAACUUUAUUUACAUCCGGCCUUAUUUAAAACCGGGAGAUCGGAGGGGAAGAAAUGAAGCAACUAAGAUUUUGAUGCUCACUGUGGACAGAGGUAAGAGACAAAGGAAUUAUUUUCAAUUUAUGAAAAUUAAGUUUUUGAAAAUAUAAUAUUAUUUUAGGAAACUUGAAGUAUCGGAGAUUCAAACAAGAGAACGGAGUGUUUCCAAUCUUCGAGAAGUUGUAUGAAGACAUCAAGAGAUCUCUCAAAACAAUCGAUGGGGACAAGGAAACGAUAAUUCGAGAUGUAUUUAACAGUUGGUACGGGGCAUUGGAAAAGAAAUGUCUGAAUUAA